UACGAAUUCACUCAAGGUCAAAGUGGCUUAGUAACCACAUUAAAACCUAUUGUCGAACAUUGGUCUUACCCUCAGUUCGCAAAGGCAGUCCUUGACAACUACAACAAAUUCUUCUCCGAAGUCAAAUCCAAAGUGAAGGUUUACUAUGAGAACAUUGACGCACUCAUGACGAACGAAGAAGGCUAUAACAAACUCAUUGAAAUGGGAAUGGUCGGUGAAAAGAUGGGUCAAUUCAAAUUGGACAAAAUUUUCACCGAAGUUCAUGUAAUAUCGAAACGUAAGUAUUGGGGCAUACUUGAAGACGGCACAGAAAUAAAACAUUGCAUGAAAUAA